AUGAAGGCCUACUUUUACGACAACCUCCCGGGCGACCAACGUCUCCCCCACGACGCCACCAGCGCCUCCUCCCCGCUCUCCGAAUCCGACCUCUCCUCACUCGGCGUGCUCUACUUCCACAUCUCCUCCAUCGCAGGCGUCGACGCCCUGGCCGCGGAGCGCGGGUACAAGAACCGCGACGAGAUCACAGUCUCCCCGGAGCGCAUGGGCGACAUCUACGAGGCCAAAGUGAAGUCCUUCUUUGACGAGCACCUGCACGAGGACGAGGAGAUCCGCUAUGUGCGCGACGGGAGGGGUUACUUUGACGUGCGUGAUAAGGGGGAUCGGUGGGUGCGCAUUGCGCUGGAGAAGGACGAUUUGAUUAUUUUGCCGGCGGGCAUUUAUCAUCGGUUUACGACUGAUGAGGAUAACUACAUCCAGGCCAUGCGCCUCUUCAAGGAGGAACCUAAGUGGACGCCUCUGAACCGGUCUGGGGAGUUGGACGCAAACCCUUUCCGCCAGGAGUACGUGUCGCAGUUCUUGGCCGCCUAG